UGGGUUUCACUGCUAUAUACCUUGCCUACUCUACGGAGUACUCCACUUGGCACUACUCUUGAAGACGACGUUUCCCCUUCUUCUCUACUCCAUGCCAUUAAACUCGUCGUCUUCCUGUACCACGCGGGGUACCCAGUUGACAUGAUCCCAACGAUAUGUCCGAAUUCUCGACAGAAGCUUUCGCGCUUCUUGGCGUGGCCAUCGCCGUCAUCUUCUUGAGGACCUAUGCGCGAAUCGUCGCUGUUGGCUUUAAGCGUCUGCAGGCAGAUGACUACCUCAUGCUGCUUAUCAUCUUCACGUACUCAGCCGAAACUGCUUUAGCGUACAGCGUCGGAGCGCAUUGGAAGGGACUCGCCAAUAAUGGCAUGACGGACGAGGAGCGGAGAAACCUGGAUCCAAACAGCGAAGAAUAUUCGACUAGGGUCAACGGAUCGAAGACACAAAUCGCGGGAUGGAUUACUUACAGCUGUCUCGUCCUCUGGCCUGCAAAGGCUGCAAUGUGCACAUUUUACGUGCGCCUAACAGAGGGAUUGCAUAACUUUCGCAAGCGAAUCAUUGCGGGGUUCGUUCUGAUCGCGACAACAUGGCUGGCAGUGUUCUUUUCCAUCAUCUUUAGCUGCUUUCCGAUGCGGAAGAACUGGCAAAUCUACCCAGACCCUGGCAACUUUUGCCAGCCGGCCAUUUCAAAGGUCAACAUCAUCGUCACCGUCUGUCUCAAUGUCAUCACGGAUUUCUACCUGCUAAGCAUACCGAUACCGAUGCUGUGGAGCGCCAGACUACCCCUGAGACAGAAACUUGGCCUUAUUGUACUGUUUUCAGGAGGUAUCUUUGUAACUAUGGCCGGUAUCCUACGCUGCGUGCUCAUUAUCACGAACCCCGUCACAGGCGCGCAACAGGCAGGUUCGUGGGCCGUCCGGGAGACCUUUGUCGCAAUCGUUACCACCAACAUCCCGAUGAUCUUCCCCCUACUUAGACGCUGGCUUACGCCCAUCUUCGGUUCCAUCUCGAGUACUCUAUCACGAGGCGGUACCAACAACAAGUACGACAAGCCUAACCGUUCCGACCUACCGGCGCCCGGGAGCAUCAUGCUUGGAAGUGUGACGGAAGGCAGCAGCAGUAAUAAGAAGAAGAACCGGCCGCCUUACACGCAGUAUCCGAUUACGAAAAUUACAAUGUCAGGGAGCGAGGAGCACCUGAAUAAGUCACCGCCUUUGCCGGGAGGCAUCAGCAAGAAUGUGGAGAUACAUAUCAAGGAAUCGAAAAGGGCUAGUGAGAGAGAUACAUCGAGUACAGACAGCAAUAUUGAGGGCCGAGACGCAUACUUUACGGUCGAGGUGAAUGGAGUUGAGAGACCAAAAGCAACGAGGAGUAAGAGCUAUCGAGAGAGCAUGCGAUCUACGUUCUCAGCGGGCGGUAAUAGGAAAGGCGACGGCAUUGUAUAAUAUGCCUUAAUAUUGAAAUAAUUUCACGAUACCACCGCCG